GACAUCCCCUGGGAAUGCAGGGUUUGAAAAGGAGCAGCACGGUGCCGGGAGCCUUCCUUUUUACACAGACCCAGGCUGCGGCAGGAGGGCUCCAGUGUUCAGCUCUACUCGGCUCCACAUGGAAGCGAAGCAGGGCGGUGAGCAGGCCAAACCCUUCCCCCCACUUCGCUUCCAGGAUAAAGGCAGGAACUAGCAGCAAGUAGGAGUGCUCCGGACUACAGUUAGCUCGGUUCCACCCACGUGGAAGCAGAGCAGGGAGGAGGGAGAAAGCCCUCCUCCCACUUCAGUCCCGGAAUAGGGAAGCAGGCCCUUGUCCCAGCAUGGCUCCUGGCAGACCCAGAACAAUGAGAGCGGGAAGGAACAGGGGGACGAUUAGUUCUCCAUUUCCCCUGGUUCAGGCGGGGCGAGGCAGGCAUAGCAGAGUGAAUUCACAAAGGGAGGUGCAGUUGAGUAGCAAAGCAGCUCGGAGCCAGAUUCUGUCCCUCGGUAUACAGAUGAGUAGAGGGAGUGGGAGUGCGGCCCCCUCUCAUAGCAGCUGUGCGGUGCACAGAGGUUUAGGGAACAGGGUUUCUGUUUUACCUGCUGUGGGCAGGAGACAGCAGGGGGGUGGAAUUUUGCUUCUCCCUCCCAGUUAGUGUCAUGGGACAGGGAACUGGGGAGGAAUCAAACCCGGGACAGGGCGGACGGAGUGCAGUUAUUUGGGCCGGGUGAGCCAAGGGCAGGAUCCUUGCAACAAGAGCGAGGGGCUGGGGGAGCCUGGGAUAGUGCUUUUCAUUACCAAGGGCAGCCUAUCAGGCUUGGGCAAGGGUCUCAAGGUGAGGCACUCUUCCAGGAAAGUGAGCUGGCUGCGUUUGAUGAUGGGACAGUCAGCUGGGAUUUGAUACAAGUAAUCAGGGUUAUUGUGUCUGAGGUUGUUUCCACAGCUUUGCAGGCCGUACAAGGUGUAAUGGUUCGCCCAGAUCUAGGACAUUCCACUCAAGUGAUUGCAGGAGACAAGGCAGACACUGAGGACGGGAAUCUCCAGUUUAUAAUGAUGGAUUCUGGUCAUAUCAAAUGCCUGCUGCAAAAGGGAAGUGUUUAAAGGCAGAUUUAAUUGAAAUAUAACUUUCACAUGGAGAAUUUGGAAUAGUGAAUAAAUUAUUGGAUAUUUGGAUAUUGUGAAAGAAAUGAAGAGAAAUUUAAGUGACAGUUCAUCUCGUAGCACAGCAGGUUGUCUACCUGUACCACUGUUCAAUCAGAAAAAAAGAACCAGACAGCCGCUCACUUCAAAUCCACUUAAAAAUGAGCCAAGUACCAGCACUGUGACUCAUAGUUAUGACUUUUCUGCUAGAACAACUGAAUUAGGGUGGGAAGUUGCAAAGCCGGAGCUGGCUCAGCUACAGAAAACAACGAACAGUGGCCAAAUAGAACCUUCUAUGGCUCCUUCCCUGUUGAAACAACAAAACACAUCAAAGCCUCAUAUAUCAAAUACUGGAAAGAACCUGAAUAUUUUGAGAGCAGAAGAAAAGAAGACCAAUGCUAAAGUUUGGAACAGAAAUGAGCAUAUGUCGCCAAGUAGCAGAAUCAAUUUGAUAUCUGAUAGUGGAAUCAUUCGAAAGUUUGAGAAUAUCUCAAAUAGUCUGAGAACUGUUCAGCAGCACAAACUACCUGAGCAUCAUAAGGCAUCACAGCAUAUUGAGACAACUGUAACAGGACAAAUAUGUUCAUCCAAAGCACAAUGGCCAGUUAUAUCCAGCACCACAUCAAGAAGUCUACAGGAUCAUAGUCCAGCAUAUAAAUUUAAACAUAAUAUUCAACAAAAUAAAGUUAAUGAAAAACAAUUUGAUCAUGUUCCAGAAGACAAAAUGAUUCAGAAAGUUCCAGCAUAUCAAUUAAAACUUAAAGAAAAAGACAAUUCUCUGCGAAUUAUAAGUGCAGUCAUUGAAAGUAUGAAGCAUUGGAGCCAGUAUACUUAUAAAACUGCACUAUUAUUUGAAGUGUUAGGCACACUUGAUUCUGCAGUCACACCUGGAGCAUAUGGAGCAAAAAGUUUUGUCUUGAGAGAUGGAAAGGAGAGUCUGCCAUGUGUAUUUUAUGAAAUUGAUCGGGAGCUUCCAAGACUAAUUAGAGGUCGAGUCCACAGGUGCAUGGGAAACUAUGACACAAAAAGGAACAUCUUCAAGUGUGUGUCUGUAAGACCUGCAACUGUUGUAGAACAAAGAACUUUCCAAGAAUUUGUUAAAACUUCAGAUGUCGAGAUGAGAGAAUGUGUGAAAACAAUGAAUGAAGUUUAAAGUAAUGUUUAUUUAAGCAAUAAUUUAAAGUUGAGAUCACACUCCUGUUGAUCAAUAAGCAUAAAGGCUGCACAUCUUGAGCAUUUACAAAAGCUCAUAUUAAAAGUAUUCUUUUAUUAAAUACUUGAAAGCACAAUUAUAGUAUGUGUUAUGUAAAAAUUAAAAUAAAAUUGUUCCGGUUUGUUUCUACCAUUAUAUUUCUUUGUUUACUGUGCUAGAUUUUUUGUUGUGUGGUUUGUUAGAUUUUACUGAAGGAAUAUGGAUCAAAAUACAGGCAGUCCUCGGACUUACGACACAACUGGUUCCUUACAAUUGUGUUGUAAGUCGGAACUCGGAACCGCAAUCUACUUCAUUGCGGGACCGAGCAUCGUAAACUCGAAACCUAUAGUCGUAAGUCGAAUCGGGGUGUCCAUGUAGAAGGGUCGUAAGUGCAGUUCUUCGUAACUUGAACGUCAUAAAGUCGAGGACUGCCUGUAUUACAUUUUGGUUACAAAUACAUGAAUUUAUACAGACUCAACUUUUAGCUAAACUCAUAUACCCUGAAUGUAAACAAUGAAUGGAUUUCGCAGUGUUAUCAUGGAAGGUGGAGGGAGCAUCCCAUUCAUAGCACAGUUUCCCACCCCUUUUGUCUAACAUUGAGGGUACAGCUGUAUGGCCCAUAGAAGGCUGAACUGGGAGAUGUCCAUCCCCCCUUCCACCAACCCCACAGACAAUCCAUUGAAGAGUUAAUAAUUUAGCCUUAGCCCUUUAAGGGGAAAGGAGUAGGGGAGAAUCACGGGGAGCUGGAGAGAGUGCAGAAGUAUAGGGCCUCUCCAUAGAUGGUCUUAGCUUGUAAAGGAUCUCAAAAUGUCUGAGGGUGUAGGGCUGAAAAAAGCAGUGUAGCCCACUCUGAGGGGAACCUAUUCACCCAAAUGAUCUACAGGAUCCUCAUACCAUUUUCGUCCCCUUGGGCCUUGCCUGUUGGUUUCUCCAUGAGAGGAGGCAAUCUAGUCUCAUGUCAGAAAUUUACUGGGAAUUAAAUUAAAUUAAUUUUCUUGAAUUCUGAAUUAUAUGGUCAUUAAGUGUAAGUAACUGGAGCAAAAUAAGGUACUAAUUCCAUCAUUAACCUAAAUGGCUUAGAAAAAUCAGAUAAUCAAUUCUAAGUGAAUUUAUUGUUGCUUUUUAGUACGAUUGUUCCAAGAAAUUAUUUUGAGAAAAUAAGUACUUUUAUUUCAAAAUAUUAACCAUAUAUUUCAUCUAAAGAAUAAAUGUUUUUUAAAAAAUGAUUUUCAUUGCUGAUAAACAUAAAUUAUAUGUAGAGCCAUAUUCUGACUGGCUGGGCUGCAGCUGCAGAAGUUGCCUUGCUUUUUCUGGCUCUGCCAAAACCCAUGUAGAAGUUCUUCUACAGGCUAACGUAACAGGCACUGCCGAGCUGUUCUGGGAUGAAGCCUAUCUUAGGUAUUUAUUUGGUCCCCAUUACUGAAGUAUCCAAUUGCCUCAAUCUUUAAUGUAUUCUAACAUCCAUGUGAAGU